CCAUGCGUUAGUUUAAGCGUACCGGAGCGUUCAUCUUACCCUGUACAUCUCUCUCUAAUCGGCAACGAGCAUACAGCCUUUAAAUGUCUCCGAACAGCAAAGGAGCGCGAAGUCUCUCGAUCAUUCUCACAAGAAAGGAGUGGAAUACAAGCGAAAACGCUAGAGAGCGCGACACGACGACUGCUGUAUACCAAUGCUUGAGAGUGUGUUCCACAGCCAUCCCAGACGGUGACCGAGGCACCACGAUCGAGUUUGACUUCAUCCUCCUCGGAUACAAUUGCAAGCUUCUCGCAAUCGGCAUAUCAUAUCGUUGAUGUUACAUUUCCUGGUGUGAUUUCGGUUUUACUCGUACUUCAUACGAUUUAAGUGGGUUAUCAUUCAUUUAUAACUUUAUUAAACAACACCAUCCUUGCAUGCUUUAAUAUCAUAUUUUUUUUGUAGAGUCAGAUUAUCUGGUACCAUGCUCAAAGUGUGAGCGGAUCGAAAACGAUCAGAUUCAGUAAGAGUGAGAGUUAGAAGGCAUAUCGAGUCAUCUAUUAAUAAAGCCCAUAGCGAACCCGAGAGUCGCAUCGUGCACAGCUUGUAUGGUCUGUGUACUGGGAUCUUGCUGAGCCACGAUGGAGCUUCCAGGCAAUACACAUGCUGAAAUGAGGAGAUUUCAUCGAAAACACGGGGUCACAGAGCUUAUGAUGAGGUUGAAUACGCAUGAAGUUCCAGAGUACUACGUGAAGCCAGUCAGCGAGCGAAGAAUCGUAGAAGCAGACGAGGACUUGGAACAGAUUCCUUGCAUAAAUCUUCAGGCUCCUAUGUCCGAGGACUUACUGACUGCUGUUGCUCGAGCCUGCACAGAAUGGGGAUUUUUCUACCUCAUCAAUCAUGGAGUUCCCGUAUCGCAUCUCCAGGACAUGCAGAGAUGUACGCGAGAGUUUUUCUCUCUGCCACACCAGGAGAAGCUCAAAAUCAACACGCCAGCUGGGAAUGCUGGACCGGUGCACUUUGGAGGAGGAGGGAAUAGAGACUGGAGAGAAGUGCUCAGAAUUCAUUUUGCUCCAAUUUCCGAAUCAGACAAGGACUACUGGCCUUCAAAGCCAGUGGGUUUCAGAUCACUGUUGGAAGAACAUGAGAAUCAUCUUCAGAGACUCUCCGUGAACAUCUUGAGCAUAAUCAGUCUUUCACUUGGUCUGAACGAAGACUUCCUAAUCGAGGCUUGUGGAGAAGCUAAGUCUUCGAUAACGGUAAACCAUGCUCCUCCGAGCUUGGAUCCAAGUCUUACAAUGGGCCAUCGUACACAUUCAGAUCCCAACAUGCUUACAAUCAUUCUUCAGGAUGAUGUGGGAGGACUGCAGGUACAGAAAGGAAAUCGCUGGUUCAACGUUAGGCCCAUGGAGAACUCCUUCGUCGUCAAUAUCGGAGAUCAAGUUCAGAUUCUCAGCAACGCCAAGUACAAAAGCUGCCUGCAUCGAGUGGUGAACAACAAUCAUUCACCGAGGACAUCUACUGCAUUUUUCAUUGCUCCAUCAAGGAAUACCACCAUAGGUCCAGCUCCGGUUCUCGUAGACGAGAACGAGUCGCCUGUCUACCCAAAUAUGGUGUAUGGAGACUACCUGGACGACUUCUACGAACAAGCUCACUGUCCCGAUUCAUCCUAUCCAGAGCUGAGGGAGACUGAAAAUUAAAGUUCUGCCAAGGGACCAAUGUAGCCUGCUGAUUAGAGAUUCGACAGUGCUUCAGUCAUCACGUCGAGCACAAGAUUCAUAGAAGUUGUUUCCAUCUGUAACUGUAACGGUAGAAACCACCGAGGAAUCCCUUCGCGUAUCCACCACCGACACGGUUGUGUCCUUUUAGCAGUUAAGCAUCUAAGAGUCUCGUACGUUUUAUGAUCUAUUUUCUCUUCUCCUAAGCCAAUCAAGAUUCUGUGAAUGUCCGUGCACAACUCGUCCACUCAGUCUAACAGAACCUGUAAUAAAGAAAACGAUCAGUUACUGUAGCACCAUGACUCUUCUUACCUUGCAAACUUGCUUGAGCCCAGUCAAGUCAAAUAUUCUUACUGUUUGCUUGGUGAUGCAAGAGCUAGAGCUCUUAUGGACGACAAAAGCUCUGCGCAAUCUACUUGUCAUUUCUACGAAAACACUUCUGUACAGUAUAUCUACUAACUACUUCAGAGCAUCAAUGACAUGUCAAGAUCAUGGCUGAAGGAAGAAGACUGGAAGAGCACAGGAUUUGACUGGAAGAU